CCUGUGUGUAUAAAAGGAGCUGCAGAGUGAGCUGGAUCAGAACUCUUCCUCUCCUCCUGAUCAGAGACAAACUGAGAGUUCAGACUGAACGAUGGACUCUGAAGCCAGUGGGACAAUGGAGGUGGCAGCUCUAGGCCGACCUUUCAGCCUCGGGAUGUUGUACGACUGCCGCAAAGACUCACUUGUCCCUGGAAUGACAUUGUGGGACCGUGGUGACCUGAUAAGUCAUAUUAGUGAAAGACCACAGAAAUAUAAUGGUUUUGAGAUAGUCGCAUCUGAAUCUAUUGCAGAUAAAUCUUCAGCACUAGAUGUUGAAGCCUCUCUGAAGGCCAGUUUCUUCAGUGGACUGGUAGAAGUUGGAGGAUCGGCCAGAUACCUGAAAGACAGUAAGACUUCCAGAAAUCAGGCCAGAGUAACACUCAACUACAGAGCUACAACAAAGUUCCAGGAACUGUCCAUGAAUCAUCUUGGAAGAGCCAACGUGAAGCAUCCGUAUGUCUUUGAUAAAGGAUUAGCUACACAUGUAGUCACAGGUAUUCUUUAUGGGGCACAAGCCUUCUUUGUCUUUGACCGUGAGGUUUCUGGAACAGAAGAUCAUCGAGACAUUCAGGGUAACUUGAAGGUGAUGAUCAAGAAGAUUCCUGGCGUUGUGAUAGAGGGUGAAGGUUCCCUGAAGAUGGAAGACAAGGACAGAGAAAAUGUUGAGAAAUUCUCCUGCAAAUUCCAUGGAGACUUUUCUCUUGAAAAAAAUCCUGUGUCCUUUCAGGAUGCAGUAGAAGUCUACCAAAGUCUGCCAAGACUGUUGGGAACCAACGGAGAAAACGCCGUACCAAUGAAGGUCUGGCUGUUGCCACUGACAAGUUUAGAUUCCUCUGCUGCUAAACUCGUACGUCAGAUAAGUAUAAGAUUAGUUCAAGAAUCACAGAGUGUCCUGGAGGACUUCAGUGAGCUGGAAAUGAGGUGCAAUGAUGCUCUCAGAACCUCCACUGCACAGCAGUUCCCACAGAUUGGCAAAAAGAUUAAGACUUUCAAAGAGAUGUGCUCUGAGUUCAGACUGGAACUCCAAAGAACCUUGGCAAAGAAACUUCCAUCAAUCCGAGGAGGAGGAGAGGAGGAGGCUGUGCUCGCAGAGAUCCUGAAGAAAAGACAUUCUUCUCCUUUCAGCAGCAAAAACCUGAACGAGUGGAUGGACUGUAAAGAGAGAGAAGUCGACACGUUAAAGUCUUUCACCAACAUGAUGACAAACACCAAGAUCGUUCCAUCUCAAAAUCACCUGUACAAAGAAAGUUUUAAUGCAGAGCAUGUGGUGUGUUUUGUCUUCACCUCACUGGGAAGUUCUGAAUCGUACCUCUCAACUUUAUCAAAGUACUUAAGACAAACACCAGACGACCCUCAGCAUGAACAUACUCAAGAUGUAGAGAGGGAACAAUGGUACUCCUCAAAAGAAGUCGCAAAAGCAAUGAGGCAUAAAGCAAAGCUCUUCAGUGAUUUUGCAGAGGCCAACAAGGAGAACAAGAACAUUAAGUUCUUAACAGUGGGUUUAACAAACGAGGCACAGAAAGGUUCAAGCAUCUACCUUUAUAAAGACGGCUUUUCUGUCAACGAGAACUUUGAGCCACCUUCAAAGCCUGAAACAGGAACAGUAAGUGACAUAAACCACAACAGUGUGACUCUGAAGAUUUCUCCUCCCAGAUUUGGAGCAGAGAACAUCACCUCCUACUCUGUUGAGUACUGUGUCAGUGGAGAGGAUGGAUGGAAACAGAAGACAGCAUCAAAAGAUGAAGAAGUCACAGUGAGCGUUCUGAGUCCUGACACAGAGUACAUGUUCAGAUGCAGAGCAGUGACCUCAGCAGGUGUUGGGCCGGCCAAUGAAGUCUCUGGUUCCAUUAAAACCUUACCUUGCAGCCCUCCUGGAAAACCUCGAGUUGAACCAAACUCAAGUGAGAUAUCAGUCAGCUGGGAGAAACCUGCUGAGCUUGGACAAGAUGUCCACAUUCUGAGCUACAUCGUGGAGUACGCCAAAACAGACAACGGGGUGAAAGAGGAAGAUCUCCGAUGGAACCAAAUGAUGUCAACGGCUGAAAAGGCGAUCAUUUCAGGACUUCACUCAGAGGCAGAAUAUGUUGUCAGGGUCAGAUGUGAUUGUGGUGUAGCCGGCAGAAGCAAAGAAAGCAUCACUGUCAAUGUCUGCACAACAACACGUUUAGCAAAAGAUGUGAAUAAAGAUGGAUAUUUUCCCAAAACACAUAAGCGGAUUGCUGAUGCUAUUAAAGCAAAAAGCACACUGAUAACACCCAACACAGGCCCUCUCCCUGUUUAUAUAGUCCCCCUGAAGGAUGAGGACAUCAAUAUAAAGGGGUGCAGAAGUUUCAGUUUUGGGAAGAAGUCCCACCCGACUAAGCCUAAUCGCACCAUAAUGGUCGUCGGAGCAACUGGUGUCGGGAAGAGCACUCUGAUCAAUGGGAUGAUCAAUUACAUUCUAGGUGUGGAAUGGGACGAUUCAUUUCGAUUUAAGUUAGUUGAUGAGGGUCAGGCAACAUCACAAGCUCACAGACAGACUUCUGAAGUCACCGUGUACAAAAUCCACCAUCAGGAAGGCUUUGCAAUAGAUUGCUCACUGACCAUUGUUGACACUCCAGGUUUUGGAGAUACAAGAGGCAUAGCAAGAGACAAGGAGAUCACAGAACAGCUACGUAAUCUCUUCUCUGCCGAGCAUGGUGUCAGAGACAUUGACGCUGUGUGUUUCGUAGCUCAGGCUGCUUUAGCACGACUCACUCCAUCACAGAAAUAUGUGUUUGAUUCAGUGCUCUCAAUCUUUGGCAAAGAUGUGGCAGAAAACAUCAGAAUUCUGGUGACAUUCGCAGACGGCCAGCAACCUCCAGUUCUAGAGGCAAUCAAUGCUUCAGGGGUCCCGUGUCCUAAAACAGAAGGUGGGCUGCCGGUUCACUUCAAAUUCAACAACUCAGCGUUGUUUGCAGACAACAAAUCACCUGCAGCAGACCAGAGUGAGGAUGAUGAAGAUGAAGAUGAUGGAGGCUUUGAUCAGAUGUUUUGGAGCAUGGGGACAAAAAGCAUGAAGAGGUUCUUUGUUGCUUUGAAUGUCAUAGAGACCAAAAGCUUAACAAUGACAAAGGAGGUCCUCAGACAGAGAAAGCAGCUCCAGAAUUCCAUUGAAAGUUUGCAGAAGCAGGUUAAAGUUGGGUUAGCUAAACUUGAACAGAUUAAAGAGACGACUGAAAUACUUAAAACACAUGAGGCAGAGAUCAACAGAAAUAAGGACUUUGAGUUUGAAGUCACAGUCACAAAGCCUUUUCAAGAAGAUAUUUCUAGAACUGGAAUUUACGUCACCAAUUGUCAGACGUGUCAUUUCACCUGCGAUCGUAAUUGUAGCAAGGCAAAUGAUCACGACAAACGCCGCUGUAGUGCAAUGGGAUCAGAUGGAUUCUGUACUCAGUGCCCAGGUAAAUGCUACUGGAAUACACAUUUUAAUCAGAACUACAGAUGGGAGUAUAAGGAAGUUAAGGAAAAACGAACAGUGAGAGAGCUGGAAGAAAAGUACCUGAAAGCCUCAGAGGCUAAGACACCUGUUCAGGCAUUGAUUGAUAAACUGAAGGCUGAAUAUAAACGUGUGCAGGAUGAUGUGGUGGCGUUGACGGAGAAGUCAUCUCAGUGUCUAAACAGACUUGAAGAGAUAGCACUGAAGCCAAAUCCUCUCUACACUCCAGAGUACAUUGACAUGCUCAUUGAGGGGGAGAAAGCUGAGGCCAAGUUAGGCUGGAAGCAACGGGUUGAUCACCUGAUAGCUGUGAGAGAACGAGCUGAGCUCUUGGCUAAAGUAGGCAAAGGAGAGAAUCUCCUCCGUCGUCAAUAAUCUCAUGACGUAAACUAAUUCCAUCCAGACCAAGAUGAGAGCCCGUCUGUACAUAGAAGUUAGGAAUGCACCGAUCGGCCUCUUCCAGGCCCAACACCAAUAUACUUUAAUUAUUCAUACUUAUUCUUGGGCUUUGGGUAUCGGCCGAUGUCGAGUACUGAUGAGAUACCAGCUUUUAAUUAAUAAGAUGUAUGCCUCACUAUGUGGAAGAGACAGAGAUCAUUCUUUUAUGUGUAAGAAUCCAUCAGGUCCGACUUAUACAUUGCUUUAUUAACAAAUAAAUACAGAGAUAUAUAAAAGUACUGGAUUUAUUUUGAAAUCUAAAUAAUACUAACCGAUACCAGACAGGCCCGUUGUCCUCACUAUCGAUCCAGCUAUCUGAGUGAGUAUCAGAUCGAUAUCCGAUAUCAGUAUCUGCAGUGUUUCCCAUUAAUUCCUUAAACCCUGGCGGCCUGCGACACUCUUUAUUUUAGUGCGCCAUAGUUUCAAAAUGAACCAAAUCAUUCUUACUCUUUUUAGUGGAUGGGCCGGCUGGCUCUCUCGAUGCACGUUUUGUCCGUAUCGGUGCACAGAGACGGCCUUUUGUUCGGCUUUAGUUUACUACAGUAUUUGAGUAAACUUUACAUUCCGCGACUGCUAGAACAAGAGACGAGCGCAAAAUAGUUUACAAGAGCACAAAGUUCUUCAUAGACCUGCCUCUUCAUUUCUUUGCUUUCAAAGUACACCAGAGUGAUGCAUUUCAUUAACAUUUUCUUUCGGGGGAGCAUGCCGCUGGGUCGGAGUUCCACCCCCAAGUCUCACAAAAUCCUGUGAGAAACCCAGAUUGGUCUCGGUGCAUCUCUAAUAAAUAUAACAAGAAAUGAUUGUGAGUGAUACUGGGCAAGGCAAAUGGGACCAAAGAACGACCACAUGAGUACAAUGGGACCUGUAGUCCUGGACCUGUGAAAGACAUGCUGAACAGGAGAUUAGAUUAGAUUAGAGAUUAAGUUACAGAAACCGGGGUCCCAACUUCAGCUCUCUCUUCUGUUCUGACAGCCACUGAUGGAAUCAUUUUGGUGUGUUUCUGUUUAGUUGUUUUUAGUUGUUUCAACUCUGGAAACCGAGAGACUGAGACUUAAAUUACUUUGAAGAAGAGAAGCUCAAACAUACAUAUGUGUCGGAUAAAGAGUGAAACUUAUUACAUUUUUGUUUUGUACAAAUCCCCUGCAGGAGUUAUUUUCUAUUUUUGUUCCAUUUACCGAAAAGGAAAACAGAGAUUUACUACUGAGUGUGAAACAUUUUGUUUUAGAGACGUUAACCUGCUGACUCCAUUACCACCAAUGUAAAGAUUCAUUCUGCAGCUGUAUGAACUCAGCAAAACCUGAAUACUGAAAAUGUCGUAGUAUUUUUUUAUUUCCUAUUAUGAUAAUGUAAAUGUGUUCUCAUAAAAAGCUUGUAUUUUGAUCUACUCUGCACCCAGUUUACAUUGUUCAAUACAGGUUUUUAAACAGGAACUUCAGAUUUUUUAUCUUUUUUUCUAUCUAAGUAUACUUCAACAAUUAUAUUCUAAGUGUGUUGAAUUGCAUGUUAUUGUCCUGUAGUAAUUAAUGAAUGAUGGAGAAAUGAUUAAAUGAUUAAGAAAUAAAAUACUGUCUUUUGGCUCUCUGUUGUCCUGAAGAGUCUUUGUGAACUUAAUCGUGUACGUUGUGUGUCCUUGUGCAGCUACAUUUUAAGUCGGCCUUUAAACUGGUGGCAUCAACUUUAAAUCAUCAAAAAUGAUUCGUUAUUUUCAUUGAUAGUUCAAGAUCUUUAGGGCUAGACCUUUAGACCAAACAGUCAAUAAGUUAUUUCAAAUACACAUUGAUUUAUAAAUACAGUCCACAUUGACAGAAGCCAGCUAGAGAUUGAAUCAGAUGAUUCAUGAGAAAGUGUCACUGGUGAUGAUGAAAUCAUAAUGAAAGUUUGUAAAACUUUGUAAAUGUGAUGUUGUGAUGAGUUACUUUUACUAUGACCGUAUAUUGGAGACUGUGUGCUCCGCAGUGGCCAUGAAUCAUAUGUAUUAUGUUCUUGUUUCUGAACUGCACCAAAGUUUAUAUCAAAGAAAACUCCAUUUCCACAUAUUUUGCAGUAACAACCAGUUAACCAGU